AUGGACUCUCUGGAUGGGUAUUAUAAUGGAAGUUUCGAGCCACAGAUCCAUGAUGGUGUGGAACGAGAACCGCCAGCCUGUCUGUACUCCAGGCGUACAGAACCGGUGCCGUAUUUAGAGCUGCAAAGUAACACAGCACUUGGGAAUCUGGACAGAGAUUUAGCUCCCUAUGAGCUGCCGUCCUGUCAGCAUGCCCCUUCACCCGGGUAUCUCCAGGCAGAAGGCCCACAGGCUGAUGCCUUCCAUCCGAGGACUGAUGAGACAACGGCGCACUUGGCCUUUCCAUGGAUGAGAGCUUCAAGAUCUCAAAUCUGCCAGGCACCCAUGACAGGCGGGUUUCUGUGCGAAGACCUGGACGAGCAGAAGAGAAGCCGCACAGCAUACAGCAGGGCACAGCUGUUAGAGCUGGAGAAAGAGUUCCUGUUUAACCGCUACAUUUCCCGACCUCGCAGAUACGAGCUGGCAACGAGCCUGAACCUCACCGAGCGCCACAUUAAAAUCUGGUUUCAGAACAGACGUAUGAAGUGGAAAAAGGAGGAAGCGAAGAGGAGCAGAGGCACGAGGAACCAAGAGCUCCACGAACAAGACGCAGACUCGACUGUAUGAAACCCGGCUCUGAAGGAGGAGACCUUUAUCUGAGACGCAUAAAGCCUAGGUUUAACUAUAUUACAAUGUAAUAUUUUUAAUGCGCCUAAAGGGCGUGGCAAAAUUCCCGACAGCAAAAGUUCGACCUUCGAUCUUGAAUGAUGUAUUACAGAAUUCCUGUGUGUCCACAUAAACUUAGCUACACUACAGAGCUCAAACGUUUGUGGACAAUCGAUGAUCACUCCCAUAUGUGCACGUUCAAUUCCAGAAAUAUUCCCCCUUUGUUAUUAUAAACAAGGUUCUGACCAGGUUUUCCACUAGAUGUUGGAGUGUGUCUGUGGGGAUUAGUGGUCAUUCAGCUACAAGAGCAAUAGUGAGAUCAGACACUGAUGUUGUGAGAGUGAGGAGAUCUGGGGUUCAGUUCAGAUCUAGUUGAUCCCAUUGGUGUUCAGUGGAGUCAGAGUAAGGGCGCUGUGCUUCCACUCCAACCUUCACACUCCAACCUUAACACACCAUGUCUUCAUGGAGCUCUGUGUGCUUUGUGCACAGGGGCAUUGCCAUUCAGAACAAUACUACAAUCUACAUACACUACCAGUCAAAAGU